GAGAGAGAGAGAGAGAGAGAUCGCGAUAGAGUUCGCGCAGUGUAGAUUGAUCAGGAUUUCUCACCAGUUUGUUCAACCUCUUUCGUGCAGUCUAGAUCAAGACACAGGAUCCUUUUCUCCGUUGAUCCGAGCUCGAACUGAAUCGAUCUGAGAAAAGGUGUGUUUUUUUGUGCGAUGGAUACAACCAAAAUAUUGCUGUGUAGGUAUGUAUCGCAGGUUCUUGUUGUGAGGAUAUCUGGUGGCAUUCGAUUGGAGCAUGUUUUAAGAAAGAUUUGUGAUAGAUGGAACAACUUAUGCAUUGGUAGUUUCUCAUUGUCAUAUGUGUUGGAUGGGAGUGAUUGUGAGCUGGACAAUGAAGAAUCUUUUGAUAAUAUGUUGUAUUUGUAUCCUACUACUGAUAGAAUAGAUGCUAAGGUUGAGGUGAUUAAAUAUUGUAGUGGACAAACGGUUGGAAGUAUUAGUAGUGGAGGAACACUUGGAAGUAUUAGUAGUGGAGUAGAAGUUGGUAGUUCUAGUGGUGCUGUCGCUGUUGUUGAAAGAGAAGAACCUUUGGAGGAAUUUUGUCGCCAUGCUGAAACUAGGUACUUGACAACGGGUUGGGCCAACUUGAUAUAUGAGGUUGGGCAAGUAUUUACUGGUGGUGUGAAGGAGUUUAGGGCAACUUUGCAGCGAUAUGCUAUUGAAAAUGGUUUUAUGUAUGAUCUUGUUAAAAAUGACAAGUAUCGUGUGACUGCAAAGUGUUCGAUUUCUAGCUGUGGAUGGUAUGUGCAUGCCAUUUUGGAUCGCUCAAGCAGAGAGUUUUGGAUUAAGAAACUGGUAAACGAGCAUGGUUGUGGUUCAACCUAUCGAACGAAUAAACAUAAACGGGUGACAUCUAGUUUAGUUGCUAGUGAGGUUACUAGUAUGGUUCAGAAAAAGAAUAACACAUCACCUAUGGAUCUGUUGGAUUUGUUUCUGGACAAGUACGGUUUGGAUUUAUCAUACCACCAUGCAUGGUUAGGAGUGGAAAAGGCUAGGGGGGAAAUAUUUGGAGACUAUGAAAGUUCAUUUGAUAAGUUGAGGUGGUACGUUGAAGCUGCCAAAAUUGCAAAUCCAGGGAGCUUAUUAAAGCUUGAAGUUGAUCCUGUCAGCAAGGAAUUCUCGAGGCUCUUUGUGUCGUUCAAUGCAUGUAUCACAGGGUUUAAUCAUUGUCGACCAUUCCUUUGCCUUGAUGGGACACAUCUCAAAGGCAGAUUCAAGGGGUGUCUUCUUGCUGCCACAGGAAAAGAUGCAGAUCAAGGUUUAUUUCCCCUGGCGUUUGCUAUUGUGAAUGCAGAAAAUGAUUGUAAUUGGUUGUGGUUUCUUCGGAUUUUAAAGACUAUCUUGUCUACACGGCCUAUUACUUUCAUUAGUGAUCGCAACCAUGGUCUCGUGAGUAACAUACCAACUGUUUUUCCUGAUUGUCAUCAUGCUUACUGUUUGUAUCAUCUUCAAUUCAAUUUGAAGGAUCACUUCCCUGGAUGGUUUCGAAAGGGUUAUCGAAAUAGGUUGGUUAAAUUGUUUAAUGCUACCGCUUAUGCUCCAUCGGUAUCAGCUUAUAUGAUAUGUGAGGCUAAGUUCUAUGAGCAUGGGGGAGAUAAGGCCAAGACGUUUAUUGCAAGUGUUCCAAAACAACAUUGGACUAAUGCUUAUUUUCAAGGACAUCGAUACGGAGAGAUGAGUUCUAGUGCUAUUGAGUCCUUCAAGAACUGGAUACUUGAUGCACGGCUUAUGCCGAUAAUGAAUUUAGUUGAAGAGUUGAGGUCCAAAAUUAUGAUUCAAAUGUCGCGUAGAAGAGAAGAAGCAUCGCGUUGGGUUUCUCAGAUUUGUCCGGACAUGGAUGCAAAGUUAGCUAAGAGGAUUGACAAGGGGAGGUCGUGGAGGGUUUAUAAAUCAAAAACCGGCUUGUAUGAGGUGAAAUCUGUACCUGCUGUUCUAGUAAAUCUUGAGGAAGGGACAUGUUCUUGUGGAGCCUAG